AUGCUGCUGCUUCUGCCAAAGGAAGAGUUGGAAGAUGAAGCUUCACCUAUAACAGCUUCCAUAAAAUGUAGGGGCUCAAGGGAGAGUUCUACAACUAUUCAGGAUGUGGAAACACCUUCAACUGCAACCAUCCUAUUAUAUUGGGUAACAAAGAUGCAUGUCGAUGGAUUUCGGUUUGAUCCCGCCUCUAUCAUGACAAGAGGCAGCAGGUGGGCAUCUAUUUGCCUGUUGCCUGCAAAAUGGUGUAUUAAAACUAAAAAGAAAACCAUAUUUUUAAUAUCUCAAUACUUGUUAGUAGCUGAAUAUGAAAAAGAAAUAUCUCCAGACUGGUGGGGUAACAAAUUUGGAUUUGUGUCUGGAGGAUUACUUGGAGCACAAUCCAAGAGAAAGAAGUCUAACAGCACAGCGGAAAUCACUCAAAUUAGUAACAAAAGGACUGCAUUUUAUGAAGAGGAUCAAGAGAAUCUUUACAAACUUGUACAAGAUAAAGCAGCUUCUGGAAAACAGGGACUUGGUAUAAAGGAUCGCCCAAGGAAAAUAGCAGGGGUUCGCUUUCAAGGGACAAAAAUGUCUUUUAGCGACAGUGAGAGGGAGGAGUCUGAGUUGAAAGAUGAUCAUUCUUUAAAAAAACAAAAAAUUGAUGAUGUGUCGGAAUCAAAAGUGAAGCUAAAGAAACUCUGUAGAAAGCUUCUUAGCCAAGUACCUGAGAAAUCAUUGAAGCUUAAAAAACUCAAAGCUCUAAUCGAUGAAAACUCUUCAAUUUUUUCCAAUUUCUCUUCAAAGAAGGAUUCUCUUGAAUUUUUGAGACAGAAGCUUGAACGCAGUGAAAAGUUUAUUGUGGAAGGGAAGAGAGUUAGUCUCUCAUCAAAAUGAGACCAAAUCUUUUUGGAGAAUUUCAAAGUGUAGAGUUUGCUAAGGCUUGUAAUCCUAUCGAGUUACACAAUUGGAUUUGUUAGCAGGUAAUUAAUAUUAUUAUUCUUAAGAGAAUAUAGAUUUGAAAAUUUUGAACACAUCCAUUUAGGGAAUUUUAAUGUGUCUUAUUUUAUUAUUAACAGUUGUACCC